AUGCGACAGACAAAACUCCACGAAACCCUUCCCUUCCAUGGAAGACCCGAUUCCGGAUCUCCAAACGGCAAAUCAGCUACGAACGGCAAAGCAGCUACAAAUGCAGCUACAAAGGCGAACUACAAAUGGCAAAGCAAACUCAAAUGGCAAAGCAAACGAAGCAACAGUACCAGCGCCAGCAGCGAAAGCAACAGCAGCAGCAGCAGCGCAGCAACAGCCGACACGACAGCAGCCGAUAAUCCAUCCGCCGAUACAUCCAACACGAAAGCAGCAGCCGCACGAAAGCAGCAGCCGACAAUCCAUCCGCCGACAAUCCAUCCAAUCCAUCCGCCGACACAGCCGACAAGACACAGCCGACAAAGACACGCCAACAAAGACACAGCCGACAACAAAGCAGCUACCCAUCCUGCAACCCAACGUUGGUCCCAACGUUCGUCCCACGACUAA